CUUUCUCCUCUAGGCAGCUCGCAAGUCAUUCACUACACACAGUAAAAACUUUAUGAGCUUCUCUUCUCAAACAGCAGACGCAGCCUAAACUGCUAUUAAGUUAGAGGAAAAAUCAACUGCCAUAUGGAAUUCUUCUUAAAGCCUGAACAGGUGUUAUAUUUCACUGGGUUCACUUGCUGAAGGCCAUCAUCCCCACAUCUCUCCUCGUCCCUCCAUAUCUCUUGUUCCUCACCAUCACCCCUCCAUCUCUGGAAAAGCACUUUGUGACAACUGCCGAUGGGACAUGGACGACCCGGAACCCCCCUCCGUAGUGGAUGGUCCGUCGCUGGUCUGGCAGUCUGAUCAGAGGCGAAGCAGGAAGUCGGGGUGUUCCAACAUCUUUGCGGGGGUCAAUCUGCGUCAGCUGAAGCGGCUGUUCCACGUGGCUGGAGAGAGGGACGCAGAGCAACGGGCGAGGCUCGUGUUGGCUGGUGGACAGAGAGAUGGAGAGGAAGAGGCAAAGGCGAGAGAAGAAGGGGCGGCGGAGGCGGGACUGGCCCAAACGUUGGUGGGCUUCAGGGUGAAGGGUAGAAGCAGGAGUGGUAUCAGGAAAGAGGGACACCGAGAACCAAAGUGGAUGAAAGCAUUUGGACAUCUCAGGAUUAAAGAAGGAUUGAAUGAGCCUGAAGAGGACAAAGAACAGGACCCCAGUGAUUUUAAGGAGUUAGACCCACUCCCAGGAGGGUCCAUAGCAGCUGUCACCCCGGAGGACCCACACGGGCCCCUGGAGAGACCCCCCUUGGGGAGACCGGGGGCCGCGACGAGGCAGGAGGUGACCAAGGGCGUAGAACGCUACCUCCACCGCAUUCUACACUGAGCCAACGGAGUGACCUUUAACCUGUCGUAAAGCUGUUACGUGAUUGGUCCCUUCUCCAUUCCCACCAAUCAGAGAGUCAGGUGCUGAUCACUAUAAAGUCUUGCAACCGUGCGAGUAGAACAAAGGACUGUUUCCCAACUCUGCUGUGCUGUUGUCCCUUUAGACGAACGACGGCAGAGACUUCAACUGAUGACAUCCACUAUGUGUGUCCGUCUGACAUAACAGUCAAACGCUGUCUCUGCCUGCAAUGCGGGGUCCAAUAAGACUAAUACUUCUGUGGUCCAUCAGUGACAUGCUGUUUCUACGCUGCGUGAGUUAAUGCUGGAUGAUAUUUGUACAAGCACCCUUAUCGAUAUAAGCUGUGGCGUUUUGGUUAUUGUUUGAACAGACGCCAGGAAUACAUUCGGUUGUCGUCUUCAUAGAUCCCAUACUUUUUUUCUCUGUGAGAAAGCUCCCCAUGUUCUACCAGCUCCCUGUGUAUUCCUCUUGUGCAUCGAGAUUCUCAAACCAAACGUGGUUUAUUGUCCAGGCCACAGUGUUGGCGCUGUCCAUGUAGAAUGACAGGCACAACACCGAUGAGGCGAUCUCCAUUUUGAAAUUGGGAUAUUUUCCAUUUGGUUCACAGGUCAUUAUCGAUAAGACAUCAUAUCGUCAUUGGUUCAAAGGUCAGAGAUAAUAGAGGACUGGGUGAGAUCCGUGUGUCUCUGCCGUGACAAUGACAACAAUGGGCCUACUCCUCUCUUGGGAUUGGUGGAGACAUCUAGUGACAUCAUACAGUGUUAAGGCGCUUAAUGUGUGUGUGUGGGGGGGUAUGGCUGAUAUAAAGUGUUGUUGUUUUUUUCCACUCCGUUGCCAGUGGUGGCCAAACAAGGCUUAAUUAGCAUUAUUAA